GUCAAAAAAAAACUGAAACUUCGUAACUUUGAACACACCUUAAACAAAUUUGUUUGUUUGUUUGGUAGGCAAUGCCAGCAACUGUUUUGUGAAGUUGUUAUAAACAAUCAAUUAGCAACCAUCAUUUCAGUUAUUAAUUCGUUUGGAGAGCUGCUUUGUGAGCUUCAACGAACGUCUUCGUGCAUUUUCAUUGAUUUAUUCCAAAGAGUUUCAUUCAUCGAUAAUUGAAAGAUGCGUGAGUGUAUCUCAAUUCACUUGGGCCAAGCCGGCGUCCAAAUCGGCAACGCCUGCUGGGAACUGUACUGCCUGGAACACGGAAUCCAACCCGAUGGCCAAAUGCCGUCCGACAAAACCGUUGGAGGCGGCGACGACAGUUUCAACACCUUCUUCAGCGAAACCGGUGCCGGAAAACACGUACCCCGAGCGGUGUUCGUCGACCUGGAACCCACCGUCGUCGACGAAGUCCGAACCGGAACCUACAGGCAACUGUUCCACCCGGAACAGCUCAUAACUGGCAAGGAGGACGCCGCCAACAACUAUGCCCGCGGUCACUACACUAUCGGCAAGGAAAUUGUGGAUUUGGUGUUGGACAGAAUCCGGAAACUCGCCGAUCAAUGCACCGGCCUGCAAGGUUUUUUGAUUUUCCAUUCGUUUGGCGGGGGCACUGGAUCUGGUUUCACUUCAUUGCUGAUGGAGAGGCUGUCAGUUGACUAUGGCAAGAAAUCCAAGCUGGAAUUUGCCAUUUAUCCAGCCCCCCAGGUGUCUACUGCUGUAGUGGAACCUUAUAACGCCAUUUUGACCACCCAUACCACCUUGGAGCACUCUGAUGCAGCCUUCAUGGUUGACAACGAGGCCAUUUACGAUAUUUGCCGAAGAAAUUUAGAUAUUGAGCGUCCCACCUAUACCAACUUGAACAGAUUGAUCGGGCAAAUAGUGUCAUCCAUAACAGCCUCGCUACGUUUUGAUGGUGCCCUAAAUGUAGACUUGACAGAGUUCCAGACAAACUUGGUACCAUAUCCUAGAAUUCAUUUUCCUUUGGCCACCUAUGCUCCAGUUAUUUCCGCUGAAAAAGCUUACCACGAACAACUAUCCGUGGCUGAAAUCACCAACGCUUGCUUCGAACCAGCCAACCAAAUGGUAAAGUGCGAUCCUAGGCACGGUAAAUAUAUGGCUUGUUGCAUGUUGUACAGAGGCGAUGUGGUACCUAAAGACGUGAACGCCGCUAUUGGUACCAUCAAAACCAAACGUACCAUCCAAUUUGUGGAUUGGUGUCCCACUGGGUUCAAAGUAGGCAUCAACUAUCAGCCUCCCACAGUGGUACCUGGUGGAGAUUUAGCCAAAGUGCAACGAGCGGUUUGCAUGUUGUCCAACACGACCGCCAUAGCUGAAGCUUGGGCCAGGUUGGAUCAUAAGUUUGAUUUGAUGUAUGCUAAGAGAGCUUUCGUGCAUUGGUAUGUGGGUGAGGGUAUGGAGGAGGGUGAGUUUUCUGAGGCUCGCGAAGACACUGCGGCUUUGGAGAAGGAUUACGAGGAAGUCGGCAUGGAUUCCGGCGAGGGUGAAGGCGAAGGCGGUGAAGAAUAUUAGAAUAUUUAUCAUUUUUGAUUUGUAUUUUUUUUUUAAUAUAAAAUUGUAGUUAUAUUUUGA